UCUAUCUAACUAUCUGUUCCAUCUGUGAACACAAGAUGAGUCGACCAGCCGCCAUGCUCGCAAAGCGCAAUGUUCUCGGAGCCGAUAUCAAGAGAGCAGGACUGUCAGCAAGAGCAUUCUCUUCCUCUAUAUCUUCAAAUGCGACUGCUUCUGGUCCUUCCACAUCUUCAGCCGGUCCAUCGAGAGCUGCCUCAUCAUCUUCAUCUUCGACCAGUAGCGCCUCCACCGCCCCUCCUGCUGGCUCCGACAGCCUUCCCCUAACAUGGACAAAGUAUCUCGGAUUGAGACGUCAGAGGAGAUCAUGGUCUACUCUUGCUACUGUUCCGACGACUUUGACUGGAUUGGCACUUGGCGGGAGCUACUUUGCGAACCUGGAGGCAGAUCCAACCCAGUUGAUCAUGGGCAUUGAGCCGGCUUUCGUAUAUGGUGGUGCUACUGUGGGCUGUAUGAUUCUCGGAUACCUCAUCGGCCCGACCAUCGGCUCAUCUCUCUUCUCCCUGACUCACCCAGCGCUCUCACGAGGUAAUCCUGCGCCUCUAGAAGUCAUGGAUAGAGAGUUCUUCAGUAGGAUAAAGAAGAAUAGGGUGGAUCCGAGCUUCCAAAGUGUGAACAACCCUGCACCAGACUUCUACGGCGAGAAGAUUGUGUCCAUAGCGAAAUACAGACGGUGGCUCCGAGAUCAAGCUGCUUACAAGCGCAAAGCUAUGCACGGAGUGCCGACAGAGGACCAAUAGGAUGUUCACCAUGGCGAUGGUGAGGUGGCAGUCGUCCGGCUCAAAAUUUGUAUUAUUUCAUGCAACACCCCUGCGCAUUUGACACUUGAG